ACAACGACGUAACCUAUUUCAUAGCCUGCAUCAACUGCGGCUUAGACAUAGGCCUACAAUAUAUAUAAAAUAUAAUUAUGCCAUUAUGCUAUCGUUACACUGCUAAAUGCGCGAGCCCAUCUCCAUUUUUGACUCUGCAGAAGCAGACAGACGCUCGCGACAGAGAAGUCGUUGCCACGGCAACCAGAGGGAUGAUGCAAACGGAGGCUGGACGAUGACGGACUCCGCUUGAAUUCAUGACGGGAGGAAUUAAGAUGGUGAUUCUCUGCCUCAUUGUGUGGAACAGAUUGGAGACACUAAUUCUUCCCAGGAACACGUCACAGUUUGUGCCCUGUUUGAUUAAUGAAAAUACUAAAACCCUUUUUGCUGUAUAUAUCUCUGUAUGUAUAUUCUCCAUUUAAAAUAUUUACACCUGCAAUAUUGUAUAGGAAGCGGACGGCUGUGUUUGCUCCAGCAGUUUGCUUUCGUCAGCUGUGUGUUCAGCCAUCCUUAAGGCGCCACCAUGAGCUUAGGGGGGCAAAGAGUGCCAGUGAGAGAGGGGUGGGGGGCGAAGGAGGGGGGAUAGCUGCAGGCAUUACUGAAUUACAGAAUCCACAGAGAGACACACGCACACUGACAGAGAGAGAGAGAGAAGCGAUCUCACAAACAACAUCACUCUCAGCUUGACGGAACGACAGUGAAGAGAGUAGGGAAGGGAACAGAAAAGCGAGAUCUCACAAGCAUUAGGCAGAAAGACAAAGAUGAGGUUGAUUAAACAGCAGUGAAAUUACCUGAGGGGAAAUAAAAGAGGGGAUAGACGGAGAGAGGAAAAGAGGAGUGUGGGUUUUAAUCCUUUUGGCAUGUGAGUGUAUCCCAGAGAGUGGUGGUCACCCUGUGUGUGAGUGUGUGCUGCAGAGUUUGUUGGUGGUGUUGGGACGCUUUGAACUGGAAUGUAUCUGAACUAACCUCAGGGGGCUUUCGGGAAGACACCAUGCUGGGCAAGGAUUACAUGCUCGCCAUCAUCAUCGUCAACUAUGAUGAUAACAUCUGGAAUGAUCAGAGUCUGGAACUGGACUCAGAUCUGCCUCCAGGAUGGCGCACUAUACGUGACAGCACUGGCACAUAUUACUGGCACGUGCCCACGGGCACCACACAGUGGCAGCAUCCCUCCUACAGCGCAGAGGAGGAACAAAACACCAUUAAUGGCAUCACUGCCAGCCAGAUCAAGGUGAGAUACUCUGAUCUGUGUGUUAGAUCAAGGCGGGAAUCAAGAGACAGACUGACUGAAAAACCUCUACCCUCUCUGAAUGAAAGGCCCUCCUGGCAGGAAGAGUAUUUCUGUGCCAACAUGGAUCCCGACUCCAAGUGUUUUGCUGUGCGUUCGCUGGGUUGGGUUGAGAUCCCUGAGGAGGAACUGACCCCUGGCAAGAGUAGUCUGGCAGUAAACAACUGCAUCCAGCAGCUUUCUCACAGUAAAGCAGAGGGCCGGGACGCAGUUGGCGCCUGGGGAGAGGGUCAGGAUAUGAUGAUGGUGCUCAAGAAGGACACUCUCAGUCUAAUGGACCCUGUGGAUCGCAGCCUCAUCCAUUGUCAGCCCAUAAUCAACAUCCGUGUAUGGGGGGUGGGCUGCAACAACGGCAGAGACAGGGACUUUGCCUUUGUGGCCAGUGAUAAAGACACCUGCAUGCUGAAGUGCCAUGUGUUCCGCUGCAGUGCUCCAGCCAAGACCAUCGCAUCUGCCUUGCAUGAGAUGUGCUCCAAGAUCAUGGCAGAGAAAGCGGCGCUGCAGCCCUCUAUGACCCGUUCUCUCACCAUGGAGAGCAUCUCCCCAGAGGACUUGCCCCGCCAAGUUGACUUCCUGGAAGCAGUAAGGCAGAGGGUGCAGAAGUUUGAGGUGGAGUACAUUGGAAACCUGCCUGUAUCCAGAGCAAUGGGAAUGGAAGUGUUGAACAGAGCUAUUGAGAGUAUCAUGCACUCCAGAGACAGAGAUGAGUGGGAGCCGAUAGUCAUCCAUGUGUCUGACACAGUUCUGUCUUUAUGGAGAGGAGAGGAUGGAGACGACCCAUUUUGGGAAUCCCAAGUACGUUACUUAACUUUCCUAGGUGUGGGUCAUGACACGCACACUUUUGCAGUCAUAGUGGAUGCUGGAACCCAGCGCUUUGAGUGUCAUGUGUUCUGGUGUGAGCCCGAUGCAGGGAUCAUCUCUGAGGCAGUUCAGGCUGCAUGUAUGGUCCAAUACCAGAAGUGUUUGGUUGCACAGACACCUCCUGUGAGGUCCAAAAUGUGGCGGGCAGGCUCCAAAGUUAGACGAGCCAACUCCAUGGAUGGCUCCAGCUUCCCACCUCGACACCAAGGACACACACCUUCCAAAAUGGCCUCUCCCAGCGUGAAGAAGGGCAUGUUGGCAUUUUUUGAGACAUUCCGUAAUAAACAUUCUGCGGUACCCACACCCUAACAACAGCGGCUCUGGGAGGGGAAUGGGGCCUGAUGGGCUUUGAGGAGGGGGAUAUUAGGACAUGGAAAGAUAAAAGGAAUGAAUAAACAUGAAGCUUAGAAAGCUUAAGAUUUUAAAGUAUCCUUUGCCUUUGGCAUUUUUUAAAAACAUUUAAACUUAAGCUCCCCAGUACGACCUUACAAAAAACAACCCACCUAAUUGCCCUUAAUAACAGUGUUUUUGAAGAUUGACAUAUCUGAAUGUAGGUGUGCAGAACAGUGUUUAAAUGACAUUGAGGUGCUGUGCUCUCACAUUCCAAAAACUGACAGAACACCAAAUGCUCUGCAGUUCAAAUGCUGUUAUACAAAAGUUAGUUCCUGUCCUAAAAUUUGAUUGGUUUAACACUACUUAACUCCAUACUGACAGACGCCACCCAACACCAACAGACAUGUCUGUAUGGUUUCACCAAGUACAACAUGUUCCUGGAUCAGCAUCUUUGUUAACCCUGGAACAACGUUCCAAUUAACCAAUCAGAUUUAGGGACAAGUUUACAGUUUGUCAAGUUUAGGCUUUCAAACAAGGUUAGGUGCUUCUACAUCAGUAUUAUUCAUCUAUCAUUUCCCUCUAAUUUUAGGGAUAACUUAUGAGUAGGAUUAGGUUUAGGGACUAAAUUUUCAGAUAUUAAUGUUGUUCCAGGAUCAAUAAAAUAUGUUGAUACAGGAACAUGUCUUACUUGGCAAAAUUACAGUGACCCCAUCAGCGUCUGUUGCCGUUGGUCGGCGCUAGUUUUAAACAUAUUCAAUCGGCAUUUGUCGGGUCAUGGAAUGUCUGAGAAGUGACGUACUGUAAACUAGUGAUUGUCGGCAUUGGUUGGUGUUUGUCAGAUUAGUCUAUUCAACUUAUUUUUAAUGUAAGAACGGACAGGGCCAUUUGUAAAUUGAAUGUGAGAGGUUUCCGGUGUCAACUGCUUCCAGUUAUUUUAGCUGUUCAAACAGAGUUCAUUAUGCUGCUUGAUAUUGCAAACUGGUAUUUAUCAUAUUAUUUUAAUUCAUUAUCGUAAUCAUAAACACAAUGGUUUGUAGCUCAAAUACCGUUUACUGCACUUUGUUAUUCUUCUAGUUAUUUGCCUAUAGUGGCUAUUGAAUCGGAAAUCUCGCACAUUCACAAGAAAUAGUGAGUAGAGAUUAAACUAUAGAGUAUAAAUGCUCUGGGACUUUGUUUCACUUUGCUUGUCUGUUUGUACCAGACAGUCUGUCAGUCUGCUUGUUAGUGGUGGUGAUUUUUCAGUGACUUUUCUGCAGAUUACACCAUUCUUUUUGAGUCUGGUGGAUCUUAAUCCAAAAGUAGGCCUAUAGUUCUGCUGUGCACUUUACAGGACAGUCUUCGUGAUGUAAUUUUCAUUAUCAGCACCGUCCUCUGAUGCCUGUACACAACAUCAGUGUUCUAACCAAGUCUAUGCAGACUUAUGUGUCAUCAACAGCACCUUGUCUGGAUGAUUUUUUUUAAAGACUUGCGCAAAUUAAUUUUGUGCAAAAUGGAGCAGAACACAGAAAAUGUCUUUUAUUUUUACUUUAAAGGUGCAAUAUGUAAUAUUUUUGCAGUAAAAUAUCCAAAA